AUGACUUCUGCUACCAUUGAUCAAAAAGCCGUCAGCACCAUCAGAUUGUUGGCUGUUGAUGCCGUUGCCGCUGCCAACUCUGGUCACCCAGGUGCCCCAUUGGGUUUAGCCCCAGCUGCCCACGUUCUUUGGAAACAAAUGAAAUUCAACCCAAGAGACACCAAGUGGGUCAACAGAGACAGAUUCGUCUUGUCUAACGGUCACGCUUGUGCCUUGUUAUACUCCUUGUUGGUUCUCUUCAAGUUCGACUUGCACGUUUCCGACUUGAAGCAAUUCAGACAAUUGGGCUCAAAGACCCCAGGUCACCCUGAAGUUUUGGAUGUCCCAGGUGUCGAAGUCACCACUGGUCCAUUGGGUCAAGGUAUCGCUAACGCUGUUGGUUUAGCCAUUGCCCAAAAGCAAUUUGCUGCCACUUACAACAAGCCAGAUAUCACCAUUUCUGACAACUACACCUAUGCCUUUUUGGGUGAUGGUUGUUUGAUGGAAGGUGUUUCCGGUGAAGCCUCUUCUUUAGCUGGUCACUUGAAAUUGAACAACUUGAUUGCUUUCUGGGAUGACAACAAGAUUUCUAUUGACGGUAGCACUGAAGUUUCCUUCGAUGAAGAUGUUAUUGCUAGAUACAGAGCUUACGGUUGGAACAUUGUUGAAGUUGAAGAUGCUGACGACAACUUGGAAGCCAUUGCUAACGCCAUUGUUGAAGCCAAGAAGUCUAAAGACAAGCCAACUUUGAUCAAGUUGGUCACCAUCAUUGGUUACGGUUCCUUGGCUCAAGGUACCCACGGUGUCCACGGUUCUCCAUUAAAGGCUGACGAUAUCAAGCAAUUGAAGACCAAGUGGGGUUUCAACCCAGAAGAAUCUUUUGCUAUCCCACAAGAAGUUUCUGACUACUACAGCUCCCACGUUCAAGAAAACAUCAAGGUUUACAAUGACUGGCACGCUACUUUCAAGGCUUACAAGGAAAAGUAUCCAAAGGAAGGUGCUGAAAUCCAAAGAAGAUUGGAUGGUAAAUUACCAGAAGGUUGGAAGGAUGCUUUACCAAGAUUCACCCCAGCUGACAAGGCUGUUGCCACCAGAAAGUUAUCUGAAGGUGUCAUUUCUGCUUUAUCUCCAAUUAUUCCUGAAUUCAUUGGUGGUUCUGCUGAUUUAACUCCAUCUAACUUGACCAAGGUUGCCGGAUCUAUUGAUUUCCAACCACCAUCCUCUGGUUUAGGUGACUAUGCCGGUAGAUACAUCAGAUACGGUGUUAGAGAACACGGUAUGGGUGCCAUUAUGAACGGUAUUGCCGCUUUCGGUGCUAACUACAAGAACUACGGUGGUACUUUCUUGAACUUCGUUUCCUACGCUGCCGGUGCCGUCAGAUUAUCUGCUUUAUCUCACCACCCAGUCACUUGGGUUGCUACCCACGAUUCUAUCGGUUUAGGUGAAGAUGGUCCAACCCAUCAACCUAUUGAAACUUUAGCUCACUUCAGAGCCAUUCCAAACUUGUCUGUUUGGAGACCAGCUGAUGGUAACGAAACUUCUGCUGCUUACUUGUCUGCCGUUGAAGCCACCUCUCACCCAACCAUCAUUGCUUUAACCAGACAAAACUUGCCACAAUUGGAAGGUUCUUCCAUCGAAGCUGCCUCCAAGGGUGGUUACACUUUAAUCAAGAACGACAAGCCAGAUGUCAUUAUUGUUGCUUCUGGUUCUGAAGUUGCUAUUUCCGUUGAUGCUUCCAAGAAGUUGGCUGAAGAAGGUAUCAAGGCUAAUGUUGUCUCCCUUCCAGAUUUCUUCACCUUUGACAAGCAAUCUUUCGACUAUAAGUUGUCUGUCUUGCCAGACGGUGUCCCAAUCAUGUCUGUUGAAGUCAUGUCCACCUUUGGUUGGUCCAAGUACUCUCACGAACAAUUUGGUUUGAACAGAUUUGGUGCUUCUGGUAAGGCUCCAGAAUUGUACAAAUACUUUGAAUUCACCCCAGAAGGUGUUGCUGGUAGAGCUGCCAAGACUGUUCAAUUCUACAAGGGUAAGACUGUCUACUCUCCAUUAAACACUGCUUUCUAA